AUGGCUCCUAGUAAAGGAUGGAUGGAUCUUGUUGGUGAUCGUCUUAAUGAUGUAUAUUUACGUGGGGUUGAGGAAUUUUUGGACUAUGCUUUUAAGAAGACUGGGAGGCGUGGGGAAGUACGUUGUCCAUGUGUCAAGUGUAGUAACACGUAUUCCGCCACACGAGAAGUGGUAGGGACACACCUCAAGGUGUAUGGAAUAAUACGUAAUUAUACAUUUUGGUAUCACCAUGGAGAAAGGGUAGGUGAAUCUGAAUCUAAUUUAGAAAGUGUUCAACAAAGUGAAGAUGAGCCUAGCAAUGAGAUGCAUGACAUUUUAAGGGAUUUAUAUCCAGAGUUUUGUGGUCAAGAUACAAAUGAUAUGGAUACAGAUAUCUUCGCUAGUGAUAUUCAUAAAGAGGAACCGAAUGAGGAAGCGAAUAAAUUCUAUAGGUUACUAAGAGAUUUUGAGCAACCAUUAUACCAAGGUUCUAAGAGCUCAAAGUUAUCUUGCUCAGUCAAAUUGCUCCAUAUCAAGAGCCUUGGUCGAUGGAGUAAUGAGUCAUUUACUAUGUUGUUGCAAUUAUUGAAAGAUGAAUUAUUACCUCAAGGAUCUAAUUUGCCACAAUCAUAUUAUGAUGCAAAGAAAGUAAUUCAAGAUCUUGGUCUCUCAUACAAAAAAAUUGAUGCAUGUGUAAAUAAUUGCAUGUUAUAUUGGAAAGAGGAUGAGAGGCUAGAUUUUUGUAAGAUUUGUGGCUAUUCUAGAUGGAAGACUGAUAAAUAUAAUGGGGACGACAAGGUUAAAACCAAUGGGAAGAGAAUACCAAAAAAAAUUCUGCGUUACUUUCCACUAAAGCCAAGACUUCAAAGAUUGUUUAUGUCCACAAAGACAGCGUCUUUGAUGAGAUGGCAUAAAGAUAAGAGGGUAGAUGAUGGAGUGAUGAGACACCCUGCUGAUUCAAUGGCAUGGAUUUCCUUUGACAAACUACAUCCAAAUUUUGCCUCAGACUCUCGCAAUGUGAGACUAGGCCUUGCUAGUGAUGGAUUUCAACCUUUUGCCAAUUCAAAAAUGCCAUAUAGUGUUUGGCCAGUUCUACUCAUUCCAUACAAUUUGCCACCUUGGAUGUGCAUGAAACAAUCAAAUUUUAUUUUAUCAAUGCUUAUUCCAGGUCCUGAGGGUCCUGGAGAUGCAAUUGAUAUCUAUCUUCAACCUUUAGUAGAAGAACUAAGAGAGUUAUGGGAAACUGGCAUUGAUACAUUUGAUGCAUAUGCACAUGUAAUUUCAAGUUACAUGCGCUUUUACUAUGGACUAUCAAUGAUUUCCGCAUAUGGGAACUUAUCAGGUUGGAGUACUAAGGGAAAGUUGGCUUGUCCUUGUUGUAAUAAGGACACCUGUUGGAUGAGGUUGGCCAAUGGAGGCAAGCAAUGUUAUAUGGGUCAUCGACGAUAUCUUCCUCUUAAUCACAAAUGGAGAAAUGAUAACAAAUCUUUUGAUGGCACAAGGGAGCGAGGGUUACCACCCAAGCCACUUUCAGGAGAUGAUAUACUUGAUCAAGUGAAAAAUCUUGAAGGGGUCAUAUUAACUAAGGCUCCUCAUAUGAAGAAAGCAAUCUCACAUGAUGGCAGGGGGGACAACUGGAAUAAAAAGAGUAUAUUCUUUGACCUUCCAUAUUGGAGGACCUUAUUACUACGCCACAACUUAGAUGUCAUGCACAUUGAAAAGAAUAUAUGCGAUAAUAUACUAGGGACAAUCAUGAACAUAAAGGGAAAAACUAAAGAUAGCAUCAAAACUCGCCUUGACUUGCAAGCAUUAAAUAUAAGGCUUUGCCAAUUCUUGAAGCAGUUAAAAGUUCCAGAUGGAUUUUCAUCCAAUAUUUCUCUUUGUGUAAACAUGAAAGAGAGUAAAAUCUCAGGAUUAAAGAGUCAUGAUUGUCAUGUUCUUCUAUUACAUAUACUUCCUCUUGCAAUACGUGGUUUACUUCCAAAAGUAGUAUAUGAACCACUUGUUGAGCUAUCAUUGUUCUUCACUCAUUUAGGAGCAAAGUCAUUAAAGGUAGAUGUAUUGGAGCAAUUAGAAAAGCAAAUUCCUAUAACUCUUUGUAAGCUAGAAAUGAUCUUUCCACCUUCAUUCUUUGACAUUAUGGUGCAUUUUCCUAUGCAUUUGGCUAAUGAAGCUAAAAUUGGUGGACCAGUACAAUAUCGUUGGAUGUACCCAAUAGAACGAGCAUUAUAUUCAUUUAAGUCAUGUAUUCGUAAUAGAGCUUGUGUAGAGGGUUCAAUUGCAGAGGCAUACAUUGCAAAUGAGUGCAUGACUCUUUGCUCAAGGUACUUGCAUGGCAUUGAGACAAAGUUCAAUCGAAUGGAGCGCAACUAUGAUGGUGGCAGUAAUAAAAAUAAAGGAGGCUUAUCAAUUUUCUCCAAAGUAGGACGAGGAUUAGGUGCUAGUAAAACUCGUGAUCUUAAUACACAGCAGUGGGAGCAAGCUCAUAUUUAUGUAUUAAAGAAUUGUGAUGAAGUCCAGCCAUACAUCGAAGAGUAUUCACAAUUGCCAGCAACCAAUUUAGUAGGUAUGUCAGAAGGUCAAUGGAAUAAAAAUUUUGUUAGAUGGUUUAAGACGAAAGUUGCAUGGUUGCAUAAAAAUGACUCAAGUCCAAUGAUGGGAGCCCUACUCUCAUUAUCACGUGGUCCUGCUCGAUAUGUGACAUCUUUUUAUGGUUACAUUGUCAAUGGAUAUAGGUUUCAUACUGAAUAUCAUGACCAAGGUUUGAGGACACAAAAUAGUGGAGUUAUUGUAAUUGGAGAUAUUGGUGAUGAAGUUAACAACAUAGAUUACUACGGUGUCUUAACUGAGAUUAUUCAAUUGCAAUAUCUUGGAGGAAGACGUGUGGUGUUAUUUCGUUGUAAUUGGUGGGAUGUUUAUGAUCAAGUGAGGGGGGUUAAGAUUGAUGAAUAUGGGGGGUUUAGUGUUAACUGUAAACGAACUUUGAAAACAAAUGAACCUUUCAUUUUAGCUAACCAAGCAUCACAAGUCUUUUAUGUUCCAGACAAUAUUCACAAAGGCUGGCAUUGUGUGAUAAAGGCACAUCCUCGAGAUUCCUAUGACAUCCCAUUAGAAGAAGACAUUGACCCCGUUGAUUUGAAUCAAUUCAGUGAAGCAUAUCAAGCUGAUGAAUCUAUCAAUCUUGAAUCUGGAGAAACAACUACAGUUGAUGCAAAUGACCAAAUUAGUUGGAAGAGGAUGGAUAUAGAGCCACAAAUAAUUGAUAUAUCUUCAACACAGAAGAAAAGAAAACAUGGAUCUUGA